UAUUAAUAUUUUCUUCUCAGUGUGACUUUAAUAACCUCUAGUGACAGAUGAUGCAUGUGUCAUCAAUGCAGAGUUAUCAAAUCUACAGAAAACGUGUAUCUCGAGAGAGAUCAGUUAGAUUAAUAAAUAUGUGUGAAAAUGAAGACGAUAUAAUUACCGUAGGAAAGUAUGUGAUAAUAAAAAAGUUAAACUUUAAAAAGAUUUAUAAAGUAACUAUGAAUGGUACUUUAAUGUUGGGGAAAGAUGCAGUACAGAUGCAUGAGAUUAUUGGAAAACCAUUUUGGACUACCUUUGAGAUGGUACAAGUAAAAGGAGGGAAGCGAACAUAUUCUUUAAAAGAAGUAGUAGAAACAGAGUCAUUGAAUGAUUUACUAAGUGAACUACCAAGUGGUAGUGACAACCGUUCUAUUAUUGAUGACGGUACAUCACAGAAGCUUUCCAAGGAACAAAUACUUCAGCUUCAAGAAUCUGGCAAAAGCGGUAAAGAAAUAGUGGGUAGUUUAAUUGAGAACAAUAAAUCUUUCUUAGAGAGAACUGAAUACUCUCAGGAAAAGUACCUGAAAAAAAAGGAACAGAAGUAUCUCCGAUAUAUAACAAUAUGGAAACCCAGUAUAAAUUUAUUGCACGAUAUAUAUUUUAAGCUAGAUCAUAACAAAAUUGGAAAUUUAAGAAUGGACUCUUUAGCACAGUUAUUGUCAUACAGUGACGUUCAAUCAGAUGGUUUAUACAUAUUGUAUGAUAGUGGAUCACACGGUUUGCCAGCAGCUGCAAUGUUAAAUAGAAUUGGUUCGAAUACAAAGGGACAUUUGAUUAAUUUGCACCCUGGAAAUGAGCCUCAGGUUGUACUUAUUAAUGCUAUGAAUUUUCCUAAAGAACAAUCAGACAGGUUACUUAAUGUCAAUAUCUACGGUUUCUUGAGACUGUAUUACCAGGGUGCAAGUGCAAUGUUGGAUAAAAUUUCUAAAAAAGCUUAUAAUGAUAAUAUAAAUAAGGUAAAAAAAGUAAAAAGUAAAAAUGACGAGAAUCAUGUAAAUGAACAACUUCCACAAGUAGAAGAAGAAAUAGGUAUGAAAGAGGAAACUUUAGAUAAUAAUGAAUUAAAUGAUGAGAUCAAGCAUAGCAUAGAUAUGAAAGAGAAAAAUUUAGAUAACAAUGAAUCAAAUGAUGAGAUCAAACAUAGUAUAGAUGAGAAAGAGAAAAAUUUAGAUAACAAUGAAUCAAAUGAUAAGACUAAGCAUAGCACAGAUAUGAAAGAGGCAAAUUCAAAUAUUGUUAAUGAAUUAAAUGAAGAUGUUAAACAUAGCACAAAUGGUAGUUUAAAACGCAAACGAAAUGAAAGUGAUAAAUGUAAAUCUGCAAAACUUACUCCUGUAAAGAAACCAAAGUGGUUACCAAAAACACAAGAAGCAGUGGAUCUUGUUAAUGGGUCUAAAGCUCGAGGAUUGGCCAUCAUAGCAAGAGAACAUCCUUUGAACAUUGUUAUAGCUCUUCUACCUUUUCUAGGACCAUCUAGACCAUUUGUAAUUUAUCACGUGCAUCGAGAACCAUUACUGGAGACUUACAUGACAUUGAAACAAAAGCAAAAUGUUAUUAAUUUAAAACUUUUCUCCAAUUUCCUACGAUCGUAUCAAGUAUUACCAGAUAGAACACAUCCUGAUAUUUUAACCAGUGAUACUGGAGGUUAUUUAUUAAGUGGAUAUUUAGUUCAGUAAUAAGA